UGAAUCUUUUCACUCUCUAUACAGUAAUUAUCUCAGGAUGAGGGCCACUCUGGUUUUGCUUUGGUUUUUCGUGUCUUGUGUUCAGCUCUUGAGAGGUGAUGACCAGCUCGCAGUGGAGGACCAAACUUGCUUCUUUCGUGAGCUGAAGGACAUGGUCAAGCAGCUGAAGUACAGUCAAAGCCAGAUUGAUGAGCUGAAGAAACAAAACGCAGCUUUGAAGGGGAGAGUGGACUCUACUGAACUGACUGUGGAAGCGCUGAGAAAGGAGUCUACAAACAUCCCGAAGGUGGCGUUCUCAUUUGCUUCUGGCUUAAAUGGCUACUUCGGGCCUUUAAGUGUUGAAUCCACGCUGAUUUUUAGAAAACAAAUCACAAAUAUUGGAAACGCAUACAAUCCACUCACAGGUGUUUUCACGGCUCCACUCAGAGGCAUCUAUUACUUCAGGUUUAAUGUAGUGGGUUCCAGCAAGUCAAGCAGGCUGGCUGUAAGCUUGAUGAAAAAUGAGGAGAGAAUUUUUGAUGUGAGUAAAUUGCCACAAGGAUCGAAUCAGUACGCUGUUGGCGGAGCUACUCUGCUGCUACAGCCAGGAGAUCAUGUGUAUGUUAACCUCAGAAGUGACAGUCAGAUAACUGACGACAAUAACAACCAUUGCGCUUUCAGUGGUUUUGUGCUGUUUGCAGUGUGAGGCGCUUUUACUGGUGAGGAAAAAGAGGAGCCAGUACAGCCUGAAUAAUCUCAUACUCUGCAUGUCAUGUUGUUUUUGUCAAAAAUGCAUUCCAAGUUCUAAAAUAAUUUUUCAUGAUAUGAUGCAGAUGGCCUUUAUACCAAAUACAUAGAAUACACUUAAAAUGUGACCUGCACGUCUGAAAUGCAGGAGAAAUUGUUAAACAUUGUGUAGGAAAUUAAGAAAUCAUUUAUCAGAACAAAACAGACUAAAGUAUUUCAGAAUACAGAGCAUUUAUGUAAUUUGACGCUUUCUUCUUCAUUUGAUCUAUUUUGUGUUAAUACUCUCUUUGCUUUGCCAUUUCUUGUCAUUUUCAUUGAUGCAAAAAUAAAAGUGCUUUGGACAGCA